GGUGUGCUGCCCCAGCAGACGGCCCUCGGGGCGCGGUUGCCGUUCCGUUACGCCCUGACGCGGCCGCGGUCUCUAACGCCACGCCGCUCUCCAGGCCCCAAGCGCAGCUCUCGCGCUCCGCGGGGCCGGAAGGCCGCUCUCGCGAGGCGCCGCCGGCCGCGCGCGCGCGCAGGGGGCGGGGUGAGGCCGGCGGGCCGGAAGCGGCGCGCGGCGCUGUUAAAGGCCCGCCGCCGGCCGUACCGCCUUAUUCCUGCGACAGUCCCAGCGGCGGCGGUUAUGGACGCGCGGGCCCGCGCCAGGCGCUACGAGAAGCUCGACUUUUUAGGGGAAGGGCAGUUCGCUACGGUCUACAAAGCGAAGGAUAAGAGCACCAACCGAAUCGUAGCCAUUAAAAAGAUUAAACUGGGACAUAGGUCAGAAGCUAAAGAUGGAAUCAACAGAACUGCCCUCAGGGAGAUAAAAUUGCUGCAGGAACUAAGCCAUAGGAAUAUAAUUGGUCUUUUAGAUGCAUUUGGACACAAGUCCAAUAUUAGUUUGGUGUUUGAUUUUAUGGAAACAGAUCUUGAGGUUAUUAUAAAGGAUACUAGUAUUGUGUUGACGCAGUCCCACAUCAAGGCAUAUAUGUUGAUGACGCUUCAAGGAUUAGAAUAUUUACAUCAGCACUGGAUUCUACACAGGGAUCUUAAACCAAAUAAUUUGUUACUAGAUGAAAAUGGAGUUUUAAAAUUGGCCGACUUUGGCUUGGCAAAAUCUUUUGGAAGUCCAAAUAGAGUUUAUACACACCAAGUAGUAACAAGAUGGUACCGAGCACCAGAACUAUUGUUUGGUGCUAGAAUGUAUGGUGUUGGUGUCGAUAUGUGGGCUGUUGGUUGCAUUUUAGCUGAAUUGCUCCUCAGGGUUCCUUUCUUGCCUGGAGACUCUGAUCUGGACCAGCUGACAAGGAUAUUUGAAACACUGGGCACUCCAACAGAGGAACAGUGGCCUGGGAUGACAAGUCUUCCAGAUUAUGUCACAUUUAAGUCUUUCCCUGGAAUGCCACUACAACAUAUCUUCAGUGCAGCUGGUGAUGAUUUGCUCAGUCUUCUGCAAGGCUUAUUCACUUUUAAUCCAUGUACAAGAGUUACAGCUACUCAGGCAUUGAAACAGAAAUAUUUCUGUAACCGUCCAGGACCCACUCCAGGAAAUCAGCUGCCAAGACCCAACUGUCCUGCAGAAGCUGUAAAGGAGCAACAAAAUGCACUUUUAAAUUUAAAAAGGAAAAGAACAGAAGGAGUAGAUCAAGACUCCAGUCUUCCAGGAGAAAUUAUCUGAGAGCAUAUAAAUACUCUUUCCUUCACAGCUUCAAGAUUGCAAUGAGAUGGAGGGAGAUGCAGCUGGGAAAACUAUACCAGCCCUCCUGUCAGCCUGUGGCUGUUGAGCGGUUCAUAGUGCAGAUGCUGGCCUCAGCUCUGUUGCCUGAUUUCCAGCAUGGCUGUGUUGCAAAGUGGCUGCUGGGUAACCAGACUUCUGCACUGGAGAGAAACAAGCCAGCAGGUGCUGUUGAUGCAGCUUAACCGCAUGCCCACCCCUGUUGUGCGCUGGAUCUUGGGGAUACCUGGUGAGCCCUUGUCAUUUUCCCACCUGUGAACAGCUUGCAGCAUUCUGUAUUUCAAUGUACGUGGCAAGCAGAAGACUUUGAGGCUUGUAGAGGAAGAGCACCCAUCUUCUUGCUCCGAUGUUUCUUCAUUUUACUCCUACUUUAAGACAAUGUGAAGUAUGCUGGCCUUGUAAGGGAGAACAGUUACUAGUCUCCCAAUUAUCCUUCUGUGUUGGUUCUUGGCAGUUGCAAAUUAAACUUCAGUUUCCUACUAAGAUCUAA